GUAAAGAAUUCAUAAAUUUCAUUAUAUAUAUAUAAAAAAAAAAAGUACAAUAUGAUCAAACAACCACAAGUUCACAACUUAGAAAAACAACAGGUGUUCCAGGCAAAUUCUCAAGUUUACGUCCACUUAAAAAUCUGGAAACCUUGUUCUCGAUAAGUAGAAGAGGCAUCUUAUAAAGCAUUCAACCACACUGCAGAUUUUGACACGUGGACCCAGAGCAUUAUAAACGGAUGCAAACCUAUUUAUAUUCCACUCUUUAAUCUUCCUUUUCUGUUCCGCUCUCCCCACCACCACUUCUCCCUUCUCUCCACCUUUCUCUCUCCUCUACUCCGCCACCUCCUCCGCCCCCUCACCCUUCUCUCAACCUCUUUUGAUAUCGUGUCCGAACAUCGACACCGUAAAACUCACUGAUUUCUUGUCGAAUCGGUUCAACUCGAAUUGAAAUCGCUCCGAUUUGGUUAUCUCGGGCGGAGAUAUCCGGAGAAUCUCGGAGUUUUUUGAAUUUUUUUGUGAGUUAUUGAGAAAUGACGACCUCAACUACUAGCGCUGUUUACAUCCAUGUUAUUGAAGAUGUUAUCGAGAAAGUUCGCGAAGAGUUCGUUGCCGAUGGCGGUCCCGGCGAAAAAGUCCUCCAAGAACUACAAGGACUUUGGGAGUUGAAAAUGAUGCAAGCGGGAGCUGUGUUACAGCCGAGUGAGAGGCCGUCAGUGCCGAAGCCGGGGCCGGGAGCUGCCAUAACGCCUGUUCAUGAUUUGAAUGUGCCUUAUGAAGGAACUGAAGAGUAUGAAACUCCCACUGCUGAGAUGCUUUUCCCUCCGACGCCGCUGCAAACUCCAAUUCAGACUCCUUUGCCAGGAACUGCAGACAGCUCGAUGUAUAACAUUCCUACAGGACCUUCAGAUUAUCCUACUCCGACUUCUAAUGAAGGUGUUGGUGCCUCAAAUGACAUAAAGCCUGGAGUUGGAAGGCCUAGCCCUUACAUGCAACCACCUUCACCAUGGAUGAAUCAGAGGCCUCCACUUGGUGUGGAUGUUAAUGUGGCUUAUGUGGAAGGCCGAGAAGAGGUAGAUAGAGGAUCCUCACAACCAGCAACUCAGGAUUUCUUUACAGGGCCUACCGGGAAAAGAAAACGUGAUGAAUUUCCACCACAGUAUCAGGGAGGUGGAUAUAUACCUCAGCAAGAUGGAGCUGGGGAUGCUGUAGGUGAUGUUUUUGAACUGGAGAUCAUUCAGAGCAAGCCCUCUGGAAGAAGUGGCACUGUAAAAGUCACAUCGGCGCAGCAGAAAGAAUCCUCUUCUAGGAUUCCCCAACUAGAUGGACCAAUUCCUGAUCCUUAUGAAGACAUGCUUUCCACACCCAAUAUAUACAAUUAUCAAACCGUCAAUGAAGACUACAAUGUGGUGAACACUCCAGCUCCUGACCUGCAAGCUAGCACCCCUGCUCCCCCUACCCAGAAUGAUCUUGAUGAAAACGGUGAUGACGAACCACCUUUGAAUGAGAAUGAUGAUGAUGAUUUGGAUGACAUCGACCAAGGAGAAGAGCUUAACACACAACAUUUGGUUCUGGCUCAGUUUGAUAAGGUGACACGUACCAAGAGCCGUUGGAAGUGCACCCUUAAGGAUGGCAUAAUGCAUAUAAACAACAAGGACAUUUUGUUCAACAAGGCUUCAGGAGAAUUUGAUUUCUAAUUUUGAGAGAACGAAGUCUUUUAGGGAAGUUCAGUGGCUCUUAGAGGGAAGUUGUCCGAGUUGCCACUCAGCAUCUCUUGUCUUGUCCUGGUUUAUCGUUAGCUAGAUCUUUUGAGGUUAAAGAAUGGAAUCAGUAUAUGCUGUUAGAGAUUGGAUGAAAGUGGUUGGCCAGUUGUAUAUAAAGCAAGAGCCCUUUGGCCUUUAAUGCGGAUGGCUAAGUCAGAUUAUCAUCAUUUCUUAAAUGGAAUAUGUGAUUCCAUUAGUUCUGUACACUUCGGACAUUUGGAUCAUCUUCUAGAGAUUGCAUUUUUCCCAGCUCUCUGUCUCUUUUUAGCACCAUGAUUGUGUAGAUUAGGUUAAACAUCAUGUUAUCAGUUACUAUGACGCAAUUAUAAUCUGUGGUUUAGUAUACUGGUGUUUCUAAUGUUCUUGAUGGACACUAUGCAAUAGUUUGAUUUUUGUUAUUUUGAAAAUAUGUAAGAAUGCCAUUCAUUGA